AAGGUGUUUUUCCUUUCCCUCCAGAUCAAUCCAGGAUCUUCUACCAAAAUGCUUCUUUUGUUGUUGGGGAUCAUUGUACUGCACGUGUCAGUUCUUGUCCUUCUCUUUGUAUCUACAAUUGUCAGUCAAUGGCUCACUGGCAAUGUGCGCACAACAGACCUUUGGCAGAACUGCACCCUGGGAUCAUCCGCCUCAGAUGUAUUUCAUUGCUCAACAUCAUCCCCAAAUGAAUGGCUGCAGUCUGUCCAAGCUAUGAUGAUCCUGUCCAUCAUCUUCAGUGUUUUGUCUUUGCUUCUGUUCUUCUGCCAGCUCUUCACUCUCACUAAGGGUGGACGGUUCUACCUUACUGGCAUUUUCCAGAUUCUUGCUGGCCUGUGUGUGAUGAGCGGUGCUGCCAUCUUCACAGUGAGACACACAGAUUGGCAUCACUCUUCAGAGAACCUCUCUUUCGGUUUCACUUACAUCCUAGCCUGGGUAGCCCUUCCGCUGGCCCUCAUCAGUGGGGUGAUUUAUGUCAUCUUGAGGAAGCGUGAAUGAAAGGUCAAAUGAGACUGCUGUGAAUGGAGCUCUUGGGACAAGGGGGUGUCCAAGAAUUAGAAAAUGAAAAAUGGAAUUUAACAACAACAACAAAGUAAACCCAAGAAAUAAAAUAAAAUAAACCAAACUGAAAGAAAAGUUACUGUGUUCAUUGAAGAUGUAUAUAGUAUCUAUGGUUUUAAGAAAAACCUAUUUAUAACACUUUUUACAUAUAUGUACAUAGUAUUGUUUGCAUUUGUUUGUUUGACCUGCCACCAUGUUCAAACGUAAAGAAAGUGCCUAAGAACUCUUACUUCUAACAGUAAAUUUAGAGUGUCAUUUUUGCCCCCUCCUGCUGUGGAAGCAAAUGGAUCCCUCCUCCAAAGCUUUCCACUUCCCAACCCCAACCUGAAGACAAAUUAAAAAAUCAGGUUGGGAAGGAAAAGCUGUCACUGCACUGAUGGUGGCUGAUGCUUUCACUAGCCCACGUUGACCAACUGAUAGAGGCAAAUGUUAAAUGGAAGCAAGAAGAGUAUCUACUAGAAUGUAGAUGAUGCCUCAGACAAAGAGUGAUGGAGUCAGGCUUCAUGCUAGCCAAUAUGUGGCGUAAUAUGUGGACCACAGACUCAUUGUGACAUCCUGCAGUAAUACUGACUUCCUCCUGUGUUACAGUCUCCAUGUUUGACACCAUGAACUUGUCAGAAAAAAGUCAUCCUCAAUAACUAUUCCCAGAGGUGAAUGCCACCCACUGUUGCUCAUUGCAUGCAUUAAGUCCCAUUGAAUUAAGCAUGUUUCAGAAUAUCUAAGACUAGCGCAGAGGCUGAGGUAAAAUAAAGUGAAUGUGAAUGAGGGGGGAAAAAGAUCAAGUCAGUUUAUAACCAUCCCAAAUGGCUGUCUUCCUGUUGGGAUUGGUAGACAAUGACUUUUUAAAAAGCAUUUUCCUCACCUUUACUUGAGAAAUAAGCUAAAGUAGAGAAAAUGAAUGAAAUGUGGCAAGCUCUGAACCCUUCCCCUACACCUCUCUAUGAAAUUGAAUACUAUAUCUAUGAAAUGGUGCUAUCUAUUUACCAUUCCUUAUAUUGUUAAGCCAUUUAACCUUUACUCACUGGAAAGUAAGAUAACAAUUUUAUGAAUAAACCAAGGAAUAGGAAUGAUAAAUAAUUCUGUGUAAUAUAUACAGCCUAUAACUGCUUUUGUACUUAUGAAGGUUGCUAUUAUUAUUACUAUUAUUUUUUUAAAUAAAGCAUUUAUAACCAAAAUGUUUUCUCCCCCCCCCCCUUCUUCACUGUCAAGAUGGAAGUAAGCCAAUCUUAUGGACCCCAUAGGAUCCUCCUAGUUCCUCUGUAAUUCUUUUCUAUGCUUCCAAAAGUGUGUCUGGCAAUGAACUCUGUUGGCAGCCACAUGUAGGAUGUGUAAGUGGUGCCUUUUGAUGCUAAGACUCCAGACAUUAUGAUAUGAUUAUUUUGCUUUGCCCUUCUGAUUUUAUACCAACUGUGUGGACUAAGAAGCAACAAAAUAAAAGUCAGAAUAACUCAAA